AUGAAGUUCGGCGAGCAGCUCCGUUCGAGCAUCAUUCGCGAGUACCAAUGGUACUACAUCGACUACGAUGCCCUCAAGGCCGACCUGAAGACGGCCACCGGCCCCAUCAUGUCUAGCGACGACGACAACAAGGGCAAGGGUGUGAAGCGGGAAUGGUCAGAAGAAGACGAGGGCCGCUUCGUCAAGAAGCUCGAGGCCGAGCUCGACAAGGUGCACACCAAGCAGCAGGUCAAGGCCAUGGAGAUAUCGCGGCGCAUUGCCGUGAGCGAGCGCGAGGUCAAGGGCGUCGUCAAUCGCCUCAACGAGCGUGGCCCGCGCGAGGAUGGGCCGAGUGAGGAGGAAUUUAUGCUGUUGGAGGAGGACUUGAGCGACAUCAUUGCCGACGUGCAUGAUCUCGCCAAGUUUGUUCAGCUGAACUACACUGGGUUCUACAAGAUUAUCAAAAAGCAUGACAAACUCACUGGCUGGCACCUUAAGCCUGUCUUCGACGCCCGACUCAAGGCGAAGCCGUUCUACAAAGAGAACUAUGAUGCUUCUGUGGUGAAGCUUUCAAAGCUGUACGACCUGGUCAGAACGAGGGGUAACCCGGUCAAGGGCGAUAGCGCCGCCGGUGGCUCUCAGGGCAGCUUCGUUCGCAACACAACGAAGUAUUGGGUCCAUCCGGACAACGUGACUGAACUGAAACUCAUUAUUCUGAAGCAUUUGCCCGUGCUGGUCUUCAACGCAAGCAAAGAGUUUGAGAUUCAAGACUCGGCCAUCACGUCCAUCUACUACGACAACCCAGAAACAUGGGAUCUGUACGAGGGCCGCCUUAAGAAGACCGAAGGCGCCGAGGCCAUCCGCCUGAGGUGGUACGGCGGAAUGCAGAGCGAGAACAUUUUCGUCGAGCGCAAGACCCAUCGAGAAGACUGGACCGGAGAGAAAUCGGUCAAAGCGCGAUUCUCGGUCAAGGAAAAGAAUGUCAACUCGUACAUGCGCGGCGAACUGCUGCCUGCGGCCCUCUUCGAGAAGGCGCGCAAAGAGGGCAAGAAGCCCGAAAAGCAGAUUGCCGAGGACGAGCGACUCGCGAAGGAGGUGCAAUACUCGGUGCUCAAGAACGGUUACAAGCCCGUGUGCCGCUCUUUUUACAACCGUACUGCAUUCCAGCUGCCUGCCGACGCCCGAGUCCGUAUCUCCCUGGACACGGAGCUGACCAUGGUCCGCGAGGACAACUUGGACGGCCGCAAAAGAUCUGGCGACAACUGGAGGCGCAUGGACAUCGGUAUUGACUUCCCCUUCUCGCAGUUGCCCCCCGAGGACAUUGUGCGCUUCCCCUACGCCGUUCUCGAGGUCAAGCUCCAGACCCAACUCGGCCAAGAACCCCCCGAGUGGGUUCGUCAGCUCAUUUCCAGCCAUCUCGUUGAGGCCGUGCCCAAGUUCUCCAAGUUCAUCCACGGAGUUGCCUGCCUCUUCCCUGACCGCAUCAACCUGCUUCCAUUCUGGAUGCCGCAGAUGGACGUGGAUAUUCGGAAGCCCGUAACGCACGACUUUGGUAUUCACAGACCGAAUCAGUCAGCGACAACUACGACAUCAGACGAUGACGAAGAUGACGAGUUGGACUCUGACGAUGAGGAAGGCCUCUUGGUUUCCAGCAACAACGGUGCCACGAAUGGGGAAUCAAGCGGCCAGGGCGCUGCCAGAAAUGGAGGAAACGGGCUUGAUGUUGAAGGUCAGACCGUUGAUACAAUCGCCGCGGUUGACAAUGAGGAUUUCCUGUACGACUCGGACGAAGAAUAUGAUGCCGACGAAGCCCUCGAGGAAGCCAGAAGAGUUGGAGGUUGGACGUACUACUCGGCGCUCGUCUCCACGAAAGCUCGCACUUUCGGCGAACGUGCCGUGGAUGUGCUCAAGUGGGCUGUGCCUCAUCCUCGCGGUUCUGAUAUCCCCCGGCGCGAACUGCAGACGCAGCUCUUCGGCUCGGGACAAAUCCAGACGAAGAGAUUCAAGGCUCCCAAGGGAAAGAAGAUAUAUGUGCCGGUCCGCGUCGAACCCAAGGUUUACUUUGCAGCCGAGAGAACCUUCCUAGGCUGGCUCGAGUACUCCAUCUACGUCGGCACCGUGGCCGUCACGUUGCUCAACUUCGGCUCCAAGCCCACCACCGCGUCAUUCAUCGUCGCUGGCGUCUUCACCCUGCUCGCCAUCCUGUCGCUCUUGUAUUCCGUCGUCAUUUACUUGUACAGGAGCAAGGCCAUCCGCACACGGAGGGCCGCCAAAUUCUAUGACAAGUGGGGGCCUAGUGCGCUCUGCGCGUCCCUAUUCAUCGCCGUCUUGCUUAACUUUGCGUUCGAGGGCCGGGAGCGCGAGUACUGGUGA